AUGGGAUGCACACCAUCUAUUAACGAACGCGAUUUCCAAACUCCAGUGGACGACAAACACCUCUUAGACGACCGGCAAAAAAGAAUUGUGCGCAAAACAUGGCGACCACUGGCGAAUGAUAUGACAGAAAACGGACAGAAGAUCUUCAUUAAUAUUUUUGAAUCGCACCCAGAAAUCAAGUAUAUGUUUCCGACAAGAGACAUUGAGGGAAGAGACAAUCUUUCGGCAAAUCCGCAUUUCAGGAUGCACUCGUCUCGGUUUAUGCAGAGUGUAGGAGCAGCCAUCGAUAAUUUGAACGAUUUAGACAACGCGCUGAGACCACUGCUUGUUAAACUUGCCAAAACACAUGUACGUUUCAAAGGUUUCAAACCGGACUACUUCGACGCCUUUGAGGAAGCCAUGUUAAGUGUAUGGCAAGAGGAACUGGGGCAGAGAUUCACAACAGAAGUCGAGGAAUCUUGGAAGCUUUUGUUUUUUUAUAUCAAAGAUUGCCUCAAAGAAGGCUACGACAUUGCUAUGAAUGAAAAAACUAGCGGUGAAUUAAAUAAUUCUGACUUUAUUAAUCAGUGA